AUGGGGGUUGAGCACAAGCCUGAGACGAUGUCUAUGGAGGCUUGGAACAAGGCAGGCCUUAAGGCAAUGAGCUUGAUUGAGCUGCACUUAUCCGACGAAGUCACCUACAACGUGAUGGAGGAGACUACCGCAAGGGGCACAUGGGAGAAGUUAGAGAAUCUCUACAUGGGAAAGACUCUCUCUAACAAGAUUUUCUUAAAAGAUGAUUUGUUUAAUUUUCGUAUGGAAGAUGGAGAUGAUAUUAUGGAGUAUCUUAAUGUGUUUAACUGUUGUAUAACGGAUUUGUUGAGAGUGAAGGUCAAGUUUGAAGAAGAGGGUUGCUCUUUCCAUAUGUGUGCAAAUAGGUUUUGGUUCGACACAUAUGAAAAGAAGGAUAGAGGUGAAGUCCGCAUGGGGAAUAAUGUCGCGUGCAAGGUCAUCGGCAUUGGCACGGUGAAGGUGAAGAUGUAUGAUGACAUCAUUUGCACUUUCGGCAACGUGCGACAUAUUCCUGCACUCAAGAAAAACCUAAUUUCUUUGGGCACUCUAGAUGCAAGUGGCCUCACCUACUCCUCAAGCGGAGGAAAGAUUAAGAUUUGUAAGGGCUUGAUGGUGAUCAUGCAAGGAGAGAAGCUUCCCAACAACUUGUACAAUCUUCUAAGAGAUACUGUCUCAGGGGAAGUAGUCGUAUCCACAACUUUCAAAGAGGACUCCAUGACUAACUCUGGGGAAGACUCGACUCAUCUAUGGUAUCUUCGUCUUGGCCAUAUGAGUGAGCGGGCUAUGGAGGAGCUGCACAAGAGAAAGCUGUUAAAGAACAUGGAGACUUGCAAGUUGGAUUUCUGCAAGUAUUGUGUACUUGGAAAGCAAUGCAAGGUCUCAUUCAAGCUUGCAAAAAAGGAGAAUCGUACAAAGGGGAUUCUUGACUAUAUUCACUCCUAUGUCUACUUCAUGCGGAAUAAAUCUGAGGUCUUUGAGAAGUUCAAAGAAUGGAAGGCAGAAGUAGAGAACCAAACUGGACGGAAGAUCAACCCUAAUCUCAAUGUCCAAGCCGAGAAAUUCUUUGGCAAAUUGAUCGAGAAAGAGGGGGAUCCAGAGACUCAAGAUCCAGUGGUGUAUGAUAAGGGAGUGAGUUACAUGUUCAUUCAGCACAACAAUGUGUUCUUGAUGACGGCGUCGAGGCAGAAUUGCAAUGCUGCAAGUCUUCUAUCGUUUCUUCAUCGUGUUGUCGACGUUCUUAAGCAUUACUUUGAAGAGUUAGAAGAGGAGUCACUUAGAGAUAAUUUUGUCGUGGUGUAUGAGUUACUUGAUGAAAUGAUGGACUACGGAUACCCACAGUACACAGAAGCGCGAAUUCUGAGUGAGUUUAUCAAGACAGAUGCAUACAGGAUGGAAGUAACACAAAGGCCUCCAAUGGCCGUGACAAAUGCAGUGUCCUGGCGAAGUGAAGGGAUACGCUACAAGAAGAAUGAAGUGUUCUUGGAUGUUGUAGAAAGUGUUAAUAUUCUCGUCAAUAGCAAUGGGCAAAUUAUUCGAUCUGAUGUUGUUGGAGCGUUGAAAAUGAGGACAUAUUUGAGUGGGAUGCCUGAAUGUAAGCUUGGACUAAAUGACCGAGUGCUUUUGGAGGCCCAAGGUCGAGCUACAAAAGGAAAAGCUAUUGACCUUGAAGACAUCAAGUUUCAUCAGUGUGUACGGUUGGCCCGUUUUGAAAAUGACAGGACAAUAUCCUUCAUACCACCUGAUGGUGCUUUUGAUUUGAUGAACUACAGACUUACUACACAGGUAAAACCUCUUAUAUGGGUGGAGGCCCAAAUAGAGAGGCACUCAAAAAGUCGUAUAGAGAUCAUGGUGAAGGCAAAAAGCCAGUUUAAGGAGCGAAGCACUGCAACAAGCGUGGAAAUUGAAAUUCCUAUACCCGCAGAUGCCAUCAAUCCUAUUGUGCGGACAUCCAUGGGAUCUGCUGCAUAUGCACCUGAAAAAGAUGCAUUGAUCUGGAAGAUUAAAUCUUUUCCUGGUGGCAAGGAAUACUUGUCACGGGCAGAAUUCGGUCUUCCUAGUGUACCAUCUGAAGAUUCAAUGCCCGAUAAAAAAGCCCCUAUUCGUGUCAAGUUCGAGAUCCCAUAUUUUACUAUUUCUGGAAUACAGGUUCGUUACCUGAAAAUCAUUGAGAAAAGUGGGUACGACGCUUCUCCGUGGGUAAGGAGCAUAACCAUGGCCGGAGAGUAUGAACUGAGGCUCUUCUAGUGAAGUCCAUUCUGCUGUUGUUUUUUCUUUCUUAAUUUUGUCAAUACCUUUAAUUUCUUUAUUAUUUUGGGCAGCACAGCAGUUGUUUGUAAUGGCUCAAGCCUAGUGGGGAAUUUCUUUUGUGCAUAAAAGAGCCCUAUGUAUAUUCUUUGUUUUCUUCUCCCUUUCCUUUGUACUUGAAUGGCAGGGUUGUUUGUUUAAUUUCUGUGAUCUAUUUGUUGCUGA